CCCCCAACCUCCAGGAGACGAUGCUGAAGCAGCGUCACUGCGUUUGCGUCGUAUCAAAACCCACCGAGAUUCCUUCUCUCCACCGCUACUGAACGCACAAAUGGGCGCUCGCUCUUAGGCUAAAGCAUGUCCCGCGAGGACUGACCCCGAAGUGCCCUUGGUCUCUUUUUUAUUUUCUAGCGUUGGAGGAUGCGGUACGCGGACCCCACGGCCAGCAGGGAUUUGCUGGGAAACAGAUCCCUGUGCUUUAUCUUCAUAUGCGCGUUCGGGCUGGUCACGCUGCUGCAGCAGAUCCUCUACGGCAAGAACUACAUCAAAAGUGGGCAACAGUUUACCCGCCUCAAAGGAGACGAGGUGGGCAACUGGAGCGGCCUCGUUAGUUACCCCGAUGAUGGAGGGAUGAAGCCAGCCAGAAAUGGGAGGAAAAGAUGCGUCCGUCAGAAUUUUCAGCACUCAGAGAUCUCCGUAGUUAUCGCACCCUGCCUAGCCGAUAUUAAGAAGAAAAAAAAAGAAAAGAGAAGGUAUCUGGACGGGUCUGAUGGACGCCUACAGUACAACUCCACCACCUGCAGAGAACUGCGGCAAGAAAUCACAGACGUCAAAGUGCUGUCCAUGGUGAAGACCUCAGACUUGUUUGAAAGAUGGAGAAAUCUACAAGCUUGUUCAUGGGAGCAGAACAAGGAGCAGACUGCCAACUUCAAGUUGUCUCUGUCUCGGUGUUGCAACGCUCCCUCCUUCCUGUUCACCUCGCGGAGAAACACGCCUUCUGGCACCAAACUGCGCUACGAGGUCGACACCAGCGGCAUCUUACACAUCAGCCCUGAGAUUUUCAAAAUGUUCCCUGACGACAUGCCGUAUUCUAAAUCCCAGUUUAAGAAGUGCGCUGUGAUCGGGAACGGAGGGAUCAUUAAGAACAGCAAAUGUGGGAAAGAGAUUGACUCGGCUGACUUUGUCUUUCGAUGCAAUAUUCCUCCUAUCUCUAAUAAGUAUGCAGCUGAUGUGGGAACCAAGACUGAUCUGGUGACAAUUAACCCAAGCAUUAUCACAGAGAGGUUCCAGAAACUGGAGAAGUGGCGUAAGCCGUUCUACGACGUUCUCCAGAGCUAUGAGAACUCGUCCAUCGUCCUGCCAGCGUUCUACAACACACGCAACACGGACGUGUCCUUCCGGGUGAAGUACAUGCUGGACGAUUUUGAGUCGCCCCGUGGUGUGUUCUUCUUCCACCCACAGUACCUGCUGAACGUGCAGCGUUUCUGGGCCGUGCAGGGCGUGCGGGCCAAGCGGCUGAGCAGCGGCCUCAUGCUGGUCACGGCCGCCAUGGAGCUCUGCGAGGAGGUGCACCUGUACGGCUUCUGGGCCUUCCCCAUGAACCCCGCCGGCAUCUUCAUCACCCACCACUACUACGACAACGUCAAGCCCCGCCCGGGCUUCCACGCCAUGCCACACGAGAUCUUCAACUUCCUGCACAUGCACGCCCGCGGAAUCGUGCGCGUGCACACGGGCGUGUGCAGGUGAUCUCGGCCCUCGUGGCGCUAGCGCAGUUGCCGCGGAGACCACUUCUGACCCAGUUCCUAGUGGGUCAGGCUUUGUGCAUGUCUUCAGAGGAGCUUCGGGUCGUGUGAGCCGGAGUAUGUGUGUCUGUGAGUGUGAGAGAGAGAGAGAGUGUGUGUUAAAGACAAUAUCGCUGCCUUAAAGGCCAACCGUUUUCUUUCACGCUGUGUUUUUGAUAUUGUGCGAUUUUGUCAGUGGCGUCACUACAUGGUGCUUGUUUUUCGUGUGAGGUGAAUUUUUUUGUGGCGUCGUUUUUGUGAAACAGUGGCUUCACAGUUCACUCCGUGAAAGGGCCAGCAAAAACCUUAAAACUUUCCUGAGCCUACAGAGCUAUCUUAUAGACACUGUAUAAGUAUUUAUCAUUAAACUAUGAAUUACAUAUACAUUAACUAACUACACAUAUGACCUGUCGGAAGUGAUAAGAUAUUCUUUCAGGAUAAUUGCAGUCAAUAGAUACAUUUAUACUUGUGAGUAAAAGUGUCACGAUCACUACUUUAUCCUUUCCUCACAACUGCCUGCAAAUGCUUGAGCAGUCGUUUCCGAGGAAACAGCACGAGAACGGAAUCUUUCUCACUUUAUAGUUGUUGGCGUAAAUAGUUUAUAAAUAUUUAUAAGCAUUUUAUAAUUAUUGGUAUGCACAGUUUAUGAAGCCUUUAUGAAGGCCCUUUCAGAAUUCAGCCUGGAGGAUUUUAGCGUACGAGACCCUCCCGGACCACCACAGGCCUCGUUCUGUAUCGCUCACGUGCCGGUGAGCUGAGUUUUAACCCUUCAGAAGCAGCCUGAUGAGAUUUGAAGCUUUAUAUAUACGGAUCUGUUUCUGCUUUGUUUUUCCUCCUCGUCUGUCUUGUAUAGGAUAAUAAUGGGCUCCUGAGACUUCAGAAGAUUAAAGAAGUGAUUCUUCUUAGGUUUUCUUGAACGUUAAAGGUUAAGGAACAUGCCAGAGAAGCAAUAUAACGCACUUGUAGUCAAUCCUCUGCCUAGCUUUGUGUGCUUAGAUCACAAAGAUUCAUUGCUUUGUCACUGCAGUACUGCACAUCAUGUCGGUAACUUCCUCUGCAUUGCGUCUCCUUAUGACUCAGUACUCAACAUAUUUUUGACAUACAGUGCUGUGCAAAAGGCAUGUGAGAAAAGUAUGAUUAAUCCAUUUUUCAGGCAGUGAGCAUUUAUGUUUUCCGAUUUAUCCUUCAUUAAAUUAAGUCAAGCGCUGCUGAUUGAAUUGAACGAAUCCCUGUGAUGGCCGGAGUGCAGCAAGAAGUCAGGAACUGAACCAAACUGUAGUAAUAAUAAUAAAAAUAAAAAAUAAAACUUCACAUUUUUUUUAUUGUUAUGGUUUACCGUAUUUAUAUUUGUGUUCAUUUGUAGUUAUUCAAGUGUUAUGUAGCAUUUUUUCUGGCAAAAAAGCUUUAACUGACAAAAAUUCAAAAGUUAACGCAAUACAUGUAGUUUCAAACAAUUAGCUUGGCUGCCCAAGACUUUUGCACAAUAUUGUAUUUCUUGUAUUUCUUGUAGAAAUAUUAAGGCAGGUGUCCUAAUGAGAUAAGCUAUUUCCAAAGGUGCUUAAGAAAUUCCAGGAUUCGUGAUCAGAUGGUAAGAGUAAAAUAGGCCUGUCACAAUUAUUACCUAAUUGCCGGAUCAGUUAUUUUAGAAAUGUUGUUAGCUUUCACAAUCAUAUGUUUAUGUCAACAACAUAUUGGGGGAAAACAAUGUUUUAAUCAGUUGGGUUAAGGUAAACAGAUGAAUAUAAGAAACAUGUCAUGGGCCCUUGGGAAAACAACAAAACUCCUAACUUCUGGUUGGUGCUAUAUCACCUUUAGAGGGUGACGGUGGGGACUGUUUGUUUAUUGACGUUUGUUAAUAUCACCUUUAGAGGGCGGUGGUGAACAAUUCGUUUAUUUUAGCUGGAUCUGUUCCUGUCGUAAGUUUGAAUCUAAGCUUGCGUUCAUACCGGCAGCGAUUUUUCGCCUCUUUCGCCCAAAUCACUGCUCACUCGUAAUUGUCAUGGUUUCACAAAAUUACAUUUUCAAAAACAAAAAUCCUGGUGAGAAAUCGCUUGUGUGCUUAUUUUUAUUUAAUCCCUGUGUCUGUGCAGUAAGUUUGUGAGGAAAACAGUAUUUGGUCCUUUUGAUUUCUGACUGUUCACGACGAACGCAGUUACUCCACCUCUUAUCCAGGAACCAAAAAAGGAACGUACUGUUUCAUAGUGGCGGAGAUAAACGCAUGCUACACUGCUCAGUUGGUAAUCGCCAUAUCGCUUCGUUUCUUAUUGGCAUAAAGUUAAACUCCACUCAACUGUGUCACGUUGCCAAUGUUUGCACUGCCACAGAAAUCACCAGCUCUCGUUGUAAAUGAAUGACCUGCCGGUAUGAAUGCAGGGUAACUAUCAUCAACUAGGGAGCAAACGAAUUAAUCAGCCCAGUCAGGUCGUUUAGGCUUUUACUUUAAUAGCUACAUACAAUGAAUGAAAAAAGUAAUUCUCUUGCUAAUCUCAAUUAGUUAAAUGGAAAUUAAUCAGCUAAGAUUUCAUGACUGUGGCGUGCCUAGUUACGUAGUGUCAUUGUGCAUCAUUAAUCAGCUAAACAAGGGCACACAGUGUCGUUACGAUAAAGCACCACCCUUAUGAAGCACCAAAGCCACUAGAGUGCUAAUGGCACCCCCUUGUGAAAAUCUUCAACCUGCUAAACAUGAGUGAGUGAGUGAAAUAAGCCAUUUCCUUGAUUUGUAUCUAAAAGGCCUAAAUGAAUGCGGUAGGCCUAUAAAGUGAAACCAGUCUCCUCUUUUUGGGGCAUGUUUAACACUAGUGACUGGAUUCCCAGAUACUGAUUAAGCUGAGUCUAACCUGAGACUAAAGCUGAGACUAAACUGCAUUGUCAAUGGUCUGUCACACUGGAAAUUCUCUUUAAGUCUGUGCUUAGCUUUAAUUGAGGUCUGGAAAACUGGCCCUGUAAGUUUAGCACAGGAAGUUUGUUAACAUUGGCAGUUUCCCUCUCUGCCUUCAUUUGUGUCUUACGCCACCUUGCCUUUGGGGUGAAGUCACUCGGACUUGCAUGCGUCACUUGUGCGUUGCUAGGUAUUCCAUUUGCAUAUUUACUUCUUCUGUCUUGGACACUGUUGGGAUGGUUUGGAGAGCAGGACUUUCUGACAAACAGUCCAGCUGUUAUGAAGCCCAGCCUUGACCCUGACAACAUUGUGUCGGCGCAGCUCAGCCACCUCAGUUUUUGACUCAUUUGUACUUGAGUGUGGCAGAAACUUGCUGAUCUGGUCGGGAUGACAGUGAGUCAAACACGUUUGACAGCCGAAGAGGUUCGGAUCUGUCAGGAUCCACCGUUGUGGCCGUCAGGAACGUCUCAAGCAACCAAUUUUCAGCUCUUUCGGACUGCAGAUGGAACACCGUUUCAUUAUAUGCGCACACAGUGCUGGUUUUAGGUUUCACUGGAGAGGGGAUAUUGAUCAGUGGAACUAAUCCGUGUGAAUCGGACCAACACUGUUCAAUCUUAGGCUUUUACUGCAUAUUUAUCCACUAGAAACAUGAAGAACAUACCCCUACAACUAAUGUAAUGAGCCACAUAUCCACUACUGACUCACAUAGUAAGAGUUUAUUUAUUAUUUGUCACUGAAAUGAAAGGACAGAAAGGGAACCAUGUUUUGGUGUUGCCAUGGAGACCACUUUGGAAUGUUGGCUUUACUGUACUUUGUGCAACGAGUGUCUUUUUAUGAAACCUGUAAAUAAAUUUAUUUGGAAUUA